AUGGAAACACGAGAAGCUGUCUCCAAUUCCUCCGCCACGCCCUCGACGCCGAAUGCGGCCAUGACAACUGUUUUGGGAACCAGUGUUUUCCUUUAUGAGGAUCUUGACUUCACCCUCCAAUAUGACAAAGAAGGUUCCUUGAGCCGUCUGGACCAUACGCUACUUCAAGAACUUGGAAAUGAGUGGGACGUUACAACAAUAAGUUAUGAAUAUAUUGAUGAUGAUGCAGAUGCUGUUAGCUCGUGGUCUUCAUGGUCUUGGUUUCCGAUUCGCUGGACAUUUGUCAGAUGUGGGGAACUAGUUGUUGGGGUUAUUGGCAUCAUCGGUAACCUUUUGGUAGUCAUCGUUCUCUUUCAACGACGAGCUGAGAGCCGAUCCACUGACACCCUGAUAGGCGCACUAGCAGUUGCCGAUCUUCUGACAUCGGUUGGGUUGCUUCCUACACCUUAUGCUAAAACUGUCCCGGUAUCCUGGUUUGGGCAGUUAUACUGCACGUUGGUCUGGUCUCCGCUCUACAUGUGGGUGUGGGCCUUCAUGUCGGGUUUCUUGCUGUCUGCAAUCUCGAUUGAGCGCUACAUCGCUGUCUCACACCCCAUCUAUUUCAGGAGGAUUUUGACCAGACGCCGAGUCUCUGAGGUGGUUGUAUUUUUGUGGAUUUGCGCAAUGAUGGUCUGCAUCCCUCAACCCUUCCUUAUCACUGUGGACAAGGUACAUCGUCGAUGCGCAGUCAGGAUAUUGUCUUACGAGCUUAGGGCGGCAUUUGCAUUCUACGUGACAACCAUCCAGUUGUUCAUUCCGGCAACCAUCAUGGCCGUCACUCAAACCUUAAUUGCUGUCAAGCUCAAAGCACAGUCUAAGCGUUUCGAAGGUUCUAAGACCUAUCAUGAAGCAGCUGGCAAGGCCGUCAUUAAAAUGAUGUUCAUGGUCAUCGUGGCGUACAUCAUCUGUUGGACACCUAACAGGUUUCUUUACUUGAUUACUAGAUUGUUCCGUCUCAAUUCCCCAAUGAAAAGCCAGAUUUCCGAGGGUUUAAUCGUCCUUGCUGCUGUCAACUCAAGCAUCAAUCCGAUCAUCUAUAGUGUCCGUUAUCGAAAGUUCCGCCAAGCGGUUAAGGAACUUUUCACGAGGAAAGAGGUUCGAAAUUCAGCUAUGUUUGACGAUCCUAUCAAUAUUAACACCAACCCUACGAACGAUGCCUCUGUUUAA